AUGGAGGACAAAUAUUACAAGGAAGAGAAACAAGAGGUUUUUAAGAUACACAACCAGAGUGCCGGUAAUGACAAGUUUAUGGUCGAGAUACUUAUUGAAGGUAAACCUGUGCGGAUGGAGUUAGAUACUGGAGCAGCAAUAAGUAUUCUACCAUACUCUACCUUCAAAAGUCUCAACAUAAAUAAAAAGAUUUUCCUUACAAACAUAGAACUAAGGACAUACUCAAGCGAAAUCAUCAAACCACGGGGUGUCGUCUUUGUAGAAUGCACUUACAAUGAUCAGGUGUUUGUUGGGAAACUCUACAUAGUGAACCAAAAUUUCGAUGCCAUUUUCGGAAGAGAAUGGAUUAGAGAGGUCAAACUGGAUUGGGCAGAACUCAAAACAGUUAGUAACAAUACUACAUCUACUGCACUCGAAGAUCUUUUGGAUGAAUUCAAGGAAUUAUUUGAACCAGGAGUAGGACUCAUACCUCACAAAAAAGCACACUUACAGCUUGUUGAAGGGGCAAGACCUAUUUUUGUGAAGGCUCGUCCAGUCCCAUAUGCACUAACUGAAAAAGUAGAACUCGAGUUGAAUCGUCUGGAAGAAGCUGGAAUCAUUUCCAAAACAGACAAGUCCGAUUGGGGAACUCCAAUUGUACCUGUAGUAAAGCCUAAUGGUAACAUACGAAUAUGCGCUGAUUACAAGGUUACAGUAAAUAAACAAAUCAAAGAAGAACAUCAUCCAAUACCUCGGAUCGAAGACAUUUUUGCUCAAAUGAAUGGAGGACAGUUGUUCUGUACUUUGGAUUUAAGUAACGCUUAUCUCCACUUGGAAAUGGAUGCUGAGAGUGCAGAAAUUCAAACUUUGAGCACUCAUAAAGGACAAUACAUAGUUAACAGACUGAUGUUUGGUGUAAAAGUUGCUCCAGGAGUUUGGCAAAAGGUGAUGGACGGAAUCCUUCAAGACCUUCAAGACCUGCCAUUGAUCCUUGCAACUGACGCUUCACCAGUGGGACUUGGAGCAGUGAUAUCACAUCGUUUCCCAGAUGGAAGUGAAAAGCCUAUAGCUUUUGCUUCAAGAUCAUUGACCAAUGCUGAAAAACAUUACAGCCAAAUCGAUAAAGAAGCCACAGGAUUUAACUACACAAUUGAAUUCAAGAGAACUGGUGACCAUGGGAAUGCAGAUUUCCUCUCAAGAUUUCCUGUGGAAGAUUCAAAAUUUACAAGUAUUGACCAGUUUGGACAUUUUCAAACAAACCAAUUGAACACCAUAACUAUCAAUCCCAAAGAACUAGCCGAAGAAACUAAGAAGGACGCAUAUCUAAAACAAAUUCUUGAGGCUCUUGAGGAGGGUCAAUCAUUAGAGCCAUUGGGAUUUCACGAUAAUGAAGUUACAUUACAUGAAGGAUGCCUCUUCAAAGGGUGGAAAGUAAUCAUCCCAAAUUCCCUCAAGAAAAGAAUACUCAAUGAACUACACUACGGGCACAUUGGUAUAGUAAAAACCAAAGCUUUGGCAAGAAGUUACUGCUUUUGGAGAGGAAUGGAUAAAGACAUUGAAAACAUGAUUGCUGUUUGCAAGCCUUGUCGUGAGAAACAAAAUUCUCCAACGAAAGAGAUCAACCAUCCUUGGGAACCAGCAACUCAGCCAUGGGAGAGAAUACAUAUAGAUUUCAUGGGCCCAACAAAUGGACAACAAUUUUUCAUUGUUGUUGAUGCCUUCUCCAAAUGGGUAGAGGUAAUACCCACAAAAACAGCAACUACCGAUUGGACUAUUAAGGAGUUGAAGAAACUUUUUAGUACUUUUGGUCUUCCAAGCCUCCUAAUUUCAGACAAUGGACGAAGUUUCACUUCUCUUACUUUUCAAGAGUUUCUUAAGUCAUGUGGAACUCAACACAAAACGACUGCUCCGUUCCACCCAUCAUCUAAUGGACAAGCUGAACGCUUUGUACAAACAGUGAAGAAGAUGUUGAAGUCGAUAUUAGAUGAACCAGGAACACUUGACAGUAAAAUUCACAAGGCGUUAAUUCAACUCCGUCAAGUACCAAACUCAACAGGAAACUCGGCAUACCAUCUCAUGUUCAACAGACAAGUAAGAACAUACCUCAGUGUUAUGAUACCUUCUAGAAUCGAGGACUCAAAAGACAAACCUAAAGGUAUAACACGCAUAUUUAAGGUGGGAGACCGUGUUCAAGUGAGAAACUACUACAAGGGUCAGACAAAAUGGAGUUUCGGAAAAGUUACAUCAAGAGAUGGAAAUCUACAUUACAACGUUGAACUGGAGAACGGAGUAACAUGCAGACGACAUGUAGAUCAAAUGCUGCGAUCAAGACUUUAA